UAAAGAUAUAUAUUUGUAGUUUUAUUAUCCAAUUAUUAAGUGUUAACAAUAUUUCUUAUUUAUGAACGGCGUGUUUACAUAUUAAUUUCAAUUUCUCAUCACGUUCGGCAAUGCUGAAAAGAGUUUUGCACAAACAACAAUGAAUAAGGAACAGUUUUCUCCAAUCAGCAAACUUCAAUCUCCAAAAGCAACUCAGGGAAAAAACUUGGUAGGUCCAGCUAGACAUGUACGAGAUUUAACUGCAGAUAUUCAUGCAUGUAUACAGCAGUGGAAUGCAGUUCACUUACAGGGAGUAGUGUUAUUAAAAGAUAUAACACAAGAGAAACAAGAUGAAUGUUAUUCAUCAGUUCUACAGGAAUUGUGUGAUAAGCUGGAACAUGUGUGUGAUGCACAGGAUGCUAUUGUUAAAAAUCUUGCUCAAAUUGCACAUCAGAUAAAAAUAGUAACAUCUUUAGAAAAAAAUGUGAACAAAUUAUUCACAACAUGGCCUGCAGUUAAAUAUGGUCAAAUAGCAGAGUUAAUAUAUAAUGUAUACCUUCAAGAGGCUGAAGUAAAACGCACAAUUUUUGAAGAUGUAGCGCAUGAAUAUACAGAGUCUUGGAAAAUGUUAUGUCUUGCUACCUGGGUUCAUCAGCCAUUGUUACUGGAAAGUCUAACAACAUAUUUGGAAUCAUUAUUGAUAGAAACAGGGCAUAGAUAG